ACGGGUCCGUUGAAGAGGCCCGUGCAAAGGGCUGUAUCUUCGACCCGAUGGGUUGGAUCUGGGUUCGCCCAGAGUGUUACGACAAGGAGAUGGUCAAGGAUUUCAUGAACAGAACCGACUACUCGUGGCAUUUCGACCCAAAGUUGACCCCCGAGUCGGAGGUCCCGCUUGAUGUUGUCUUCCGGGGAGACUAUCCCAAGCUGUUUACGCAGAAGAAGUACCACUACGUUCAUUGUACCUACAUGUGGAAGAAGAUGCACAAGGCACUUCUCGAGAAGAACCAACCGAUCGACAGCUACUUGAUGGAUUGGAAACACACAAAUCACUGCGAGAUGGUUCUUCUGAAUGACUGGCUGCACGAAGACACUGAGUGCACGGCGGAGAUGGUUUGUCCAACAUGGGUUCGGGCUACUUGGACGUCUUGUAAGCAGUAUUAAAUAAGUAGCUCAAGGGGCGGGUAUUGCUCGACUAGGCUAUAAGCAGAAAGUCGAGGAACAAAUCAGCAAGGCACAGAUCGAUAAACAUGUACAGUGACCAAAAGUGUUGAAAGAAUGGUCAAAUCCAGCACAGGUUAGGAGGGCGUGGCUGUUUGGUCGUAGACUGAGGUCUCGCAGCAAAAUACAUCUUUUUUCCCUCCC